CGCUUUACUGGGUUCUGACACACGAAUAAAGAGCUAAGAUGAUGAUGCUAUAUAUAAAAGCUUUUUGUUUAAUAAUGAGCUGCCUCCUGGCCUUAACACUGGCUCAAAGAGGAGAAUGGCGGCUUCUAAAGCCCACAAAUUCGGUGACCAUUCGUCAAAGCGGAGGAAGCUUUUGUGCCAAUCAUUUGGUUGGUGAAUUUGUGGAGCAUCUGGAGGAUUGUCAUAUGUUUUACCUAUGCGUGGAGAAUGGCGAUGCUGUCCUGGCCUCUUGCCCACCCACAAUGCUCUUUAACUCCGAGAGCCGACUUUGUGAUACUGCUGGCAACGUGCGAUGCAGGAAUAACACAAACAAUGGCACUCCAUCCGGAGGCGGGGAUGGAGCUGGUGACAGUGAUCUUAACAACAUGGUCACGGAUGCAGCCACCUAUUGUGCUGCUACACAAACUCAGCAACAACAGUCCAGCGAUCGGAUUGUUUAUGUCGGCAGUUCGAGCAGCUGCAGCAAAUAUUACAUUUGUUACUACGGCCAGGCCAUUCUGCAGGAGUGCAGCUCUCAGUUGCACUGGAAUGCGAUGACCGGCAAAUGCGAUAUUCCGGAGAGAGCUCAGUGCACAUUGGGGGCCCAGGAGGAGCAGGAGGUACAGAGGCCCUCCAAUGGUAAUUCCAACAUCAGCCCGGGCGGUGCCAUUUCGAGUGAUCUCAUCCAUUGCCCGGCCUACGGUCAGCACUUGUAUCCACACAUGCAGCGCUGCGAGUUCUUCAUCUAUUGCGUGAAGGGUCAUGCCAGCCUGCAGCAGUGUCCCUUUUAUUAUUUCUUUGACAUUGCUACAAAAAGUUGCCAAUGGUCGCGAACGGCGUUGUGUGUUCGUGAUUUAAAUUUGUCACCGUUAAUAAAAUAG